UUGUAACUAUACGGACAGUUUAGGUGGCCGGACCGAACCAGGAAGUGCGUCCCUGCUGUGACCUGCUCGCCGUUAGCUUUUAUAAAAUGGACCCGUAGCUGAAGACCAAAGUCAUGUUUAACUUGAGGACACUGCAGAAGAAUAAAACGGUGAAAUAUGGAAUUCCUAUGCUGUUGCUGGUAGUUGGUGGCUCCUUCGGCCUGCGAGAAUUUACACAAAUCCGAUAUGAUGCCCAAAAGCUCAAAAGAAAGAUGGAUCCCGCCCUGGAGGCUAAAGUGAACAUGCAGAGGCAGUCGGUCAUCCUGGAGGAGGAGUACGAGAAGUUAAAGGAGUUGAAUUUGGACGAGUGGAAGAACAUCCGUGGUCCUCGUCCCUGGGAGGACUCCAAGGAGUACCAGGAGCAGCAGCGCAGCAAUCUGAGCAAAAACAACUGAGACUCGAGGACUGAGCGGCAACACAAUGAUGGAGGACGGAGCGGUCUGCAGCGAAGACGCCACUGAGGUUCAAUUAUCGCUGCAGCUUCAGGGCCUCCUCAGUCUGGGCUUCUGUCGGACUCCAAACUCGAGACACAUUCAGGACUGCGACAGGCUAAAGUAAAGUUAAGAUGAUUCUUCUAGUAUCCUUACGUAUGGAUCAGUCACCUGUUUGGAGGUUUUUGUUCUGCAGCCUGAUCAGGAGUUUGUUCUAAAAACCAGCCAGUAGGGGGCACAUCUGUGUCCUGCUGCACCUUCCACACACAGACCAAGGUGUGAUUUCCAUGUCUCAAUAAAUUCUUGCCGUUGAUCCAAA